AUGGCCACCGACAAGUCAACCUCAACCUCAACCUCAACGCCGCUGCGCAUUCUAAUCAUCAACCCAAACUCAUCGACUCAUAUGACUGAUGCGCUGAAGCCGGUGGUUGAGGGGAUGGGAUUACCUUCUGUCGAAUAUACAUUCUUCACAUCGCCAACGCCAGGCGUGCCUAGCAUCAACUCGCCCGCCGACGCCCAGCGGUCCGCCGACAUCUGCUAUCCGGCUCUGGUGCCACUGGUGCCGCACCACGAUGCCUUUCUGGUGGCGUGCUACAGUGCCCAUCCGCUCGUGGGGCUCUUGAAGGCCGAGUGUGAGAGAAUCAGAGGUAGAGCCACGACCACAACCACGGCGACCAGGAAAUACGUGACGGGGAUUCUGGAGGCGAGUUGUUUAGUCAGUGUGAAUCUUGUGGGUAGUAGUAGUGGUGGGGGUAGUACUGGUAAUGGUAGUGGUGGUGGUAGCAACUACAGCAACAACAACAACAACGGCUUCGGUAUCGUCAGCACAGGCAAAAUCUGGGAAUCAGCGCUACAGGUCGCGGUGCAAGAGUUUCUGGGCAUUCCUGAUUCCAACGCCAAAGCCAACGCCAACGACAACAAGAAAAAACUUGAACGAUUCUACGGCUGCGAAACCACAGGACUGAACGCCACAGAGUUGCACGCCCUCCCUGCCGAACAGGUGGGAAGGAAGAUGAUGGAAGCGACGAAACGGUUGUUGAGGAGGGGGGCGAUCACGACCACCACAGAGACAGAGACAGUGGGGAGGGGGGGCAUCGCCACAAACACAGAUUUGACCUCGUCUCCCUCGACAACUUAUAAUUACUCUUCCAGAGUCAAAGCCAUCUGUCUCGGCUGUGCAGGCAUGGUCGGUCUCGAGUCGGCAGUGCGCACCGCGUGUAUUGAGGAACUGGGCGUCGAGGCCGGCAAUGCGGUCUCUAUCGUGGACGGGGUCAGAGCGGGUGUGGGGGUGUUGUAUGCUCUUGCUAGAUGUGGGUUCUGA